AUGUCGUCGACUGCUGCGGCCGAGCCUACCCAGGCUGUCAAUUCAGCGUCCAAGAAGAAGAACAACAAAAAAAAGAAGAAUGCCAAUAAGAACAAGGAUCCUGCACCUUUGAGUAACGGGGAUGCGAAUCACGACGAGGAGCAUCAUGAUAUUGACGAAGAGUCGGACAUUGAUGCUGCCGAUAAUUCCAAGAAGCCGGAGCGAGACGGUAACGGUCACGCCGUAGAGCCAUCCAAUGCCAACGACGGAACGACGGACUCAGAUCCCACUGCGAAACUCGAAGCAAUGGGCAAGGAGCGGGAGGCGCUGCGCGCAGAAGUGGAACAGCUUCGCAAACAAUUAGAGAGCAUUCAGGAAACGCAUCAACAAGAAGUAUCGCAACUGAAAACCGACCUCGACGAAACCAACUCGGCCAAGGAGCACGCCGAAGAGCAAUACCAGACACUCCUCGGCCGAGUCGAGAAGAUCAAGGAGUCCCUUAGUGACAGGCUAAAGCGCGACAAGGCCGAGCUGCACGAGGCGAGAGAGCGUAUAGAAGAGCUGGAAACACAAAAUGAGCAGCUGCAAGGCUCGGCACAGUCCUCGGGCGAGGAUGUCGAGAAACUCAAGGAGGAGCUGCAGGACGCUAACAGGGAGCUGUCAACGCUGCGGAGUCGUAAUAAUUUGUCGGCGCACAACUGGCACAAGGAAAAGGAGGAGCUGACCAGGACGGUGCAGCACCUCAAGGAGGAGAUGGAGACGACGGCGAAUGCCAUGGGCGAGUGGGAGGUGCUGGCCAUGGAGGAACGCUCCAUCAAGGAGAACCUGGCGGAUAAAGUGGGUGAUCUCGAGGAGCAAAUUGCGACGCUGAAGCAAAACUACGAGACCGCUGCCGCGGAUCGGGACAGCCAAACUACGCUCGUGGAUAACUUGCAGAAUGCACUGAGAGAAAUUCAAGACGCCCGCAAGAAGGAGCUGCGAGAUAUGGUGGAAACGACGGAGUCGCAGCUCCAGGCGCAGAAGCAAUUGGCUCAACAGGCAGAGGUGCGAGCUACAGAAGCUGAAGAGGCCAAGAGUGAAAUGUCCAAGGAACUUGAGCGGACGGCACCGUUUGAGAAGGAGGUCAGGGAGAAGAAUUUGCUGAUUGGCAAGUUGAGACAUGAGGCGAUUGUUUUGAACGACCACUUGACCAAGGCGCUGCGGUAUCUGAAGAAGACGAAGCCAGAGGACAAUGUCGAUAGACAAGUGGUAACAAACCACCUCCUCCACUUUCUCACCCUCGAUCGUGGCGACGCCAAACGCUUUCAAGUCCUCCAAGUAAUGGCCGGCUACCUCAAUUGGACCGAUGAGCAACGCGAGCAAGCUGGUCUCGCUCGUCCCGGCGGCUCAGGCGGCAGCUUGCGAUUGCCCGCAUCCCCAUUCCACAGAACCCCGAGCUCACCUUCACUCAACGCCGACGUCUUCUCGGAACCUACCUCCGCCAAAGACAGGGAAUCUCUCGCGGAUCUAUGGGCGAAUUUCUUGGAGAGAAGCGCGCGGGAGGGCGCAGGUGAUGGGACGGCAAAGGAUUCCGGGUCCCGCAAGGCCAGUGUUAGCAGUACGACGACGGGGGCUGGGGCAGGAAAGCCGGACUCGGCGGCUUGA